AUGACGACGACUACUACACUAAAGGACUGGUUUCGCAAUACUAGCGACAGCGAGAACAAGAAGAUUAUGCUGUUGGAUGGAGGCGUCAGUACUCAUUUACGAGACUUGUGCGGCCAGCAUCCCAAAGGUCAUCCUCUUCGUGCUGACUGGUAUCCCGAACUCUGGUCCUCGUCUCUUCUCAUGACACCAGACGGCCGGGAGACCAUUUUGAAAGGACACCAAGAUUGGUUGGCCGCCGGCACCCAAAUACUCACCACGGUCACCUAUCAGUGCGGCAUGGUGAAUGCGAUUGUCAAGGAUGAGACGACAGCCACACAAAUGCUGGCGGAUGGCGUCCAGUUGGCUCGUCAAGCCACGCAACACAACGGCAAAGAAGAAGACAAGUUUGUCGUGGCCAGCAUGGGUUGUUACGGUGCCGCAUUGGCUGAUGGCAGUGAAUAUACCGGCCACUAUCCCAACAUUCAGUCGGAACAAGAGUUGCAAGAUUUUCACAGACGCAAGACACUUACGCUACUGCAACAAAAGCCCGACGGAAUUGCCCUCGAAACAGUUCCUUGCGUCAUGGAAUGCCGUGCCUUUAUCCAGUUGAUGCAGGAACUGCAGCAGCAAGACAAUAAUGACAAAAAUUGCGCCUGCUGGAUUUCAUUCGCAUGUCGCAAUGGGCACGAACUCAAUGACGGAAGCAAACUAGAAGAGGCAUUGCAAGCUAUUCAGGAACUGGAUCCAGAGGCGACCAUCAUUCAUGCCAUUGGCGUCAAUUGUUGUGAUUCACAACACAUACUCUCCCUCGUUCAAAUCAUUGCCGACUUUUUGGUAUCAACAGCACGACGUGGAGUGAUCAUUUAUCCCAAUAGCGGAGAAGAAUGGGAUGGUCAAACCAAAGAGUGGAAGCAAGGGACCGGUUACGUCACAAUGAAGAUGUGUUUGCAAAACGGCUCAUGGAAGCGGUGGAGAUUGUUGAACGUACUUGGAAGAACAGCAGCAACAACAAUCCACCACCUCGAAUAG